CAAAAUUGAAAGUAUUAAAACAACAGAGGGACCACACUUGCAAUUUUCCCAUUUGCGUAUGUCACUCCAGACUCCAGAGGAGCCUCGACUCUUCACAAAGGAAAAUAUUGAAGCCCAUUUCCUAAAUACAUUGAUUUUCUUGCAACAUUUCUUCGAGGGCCUAUUUGGGUUUUUAUAUGAUUUGACAUACCAUAAAUUAGUUCUAGUGCAAGAUUCUUGAUUUUUCUGGUUUGGGGUUUCUAUAUUUGUUUCAAGAUUAAUUGCAUAUUCCCAUAAGGUAAAAGAGACAUAAGGGACAAAUUUGUGCCUUUGUAAGCAUUAUAGCAAUAAAGUUGAAGAAGGAACUGUGAGUGGCAAAAGGUUUCUUCACAUGGGGAAACCAUUGUUUUAUGAGAUAUUGGAGAAGCCAGCUACUAGUUGUGCAAUUGGAAUAUGUAGUGCAAUUUGGUUUUAUAUUCAGAAGUCAAAUAUUGGUUAUUCACAUGUUGGUUUGAGUUAUGAAGCUGCUAUGGUGGAAGGUCAUUAUUGGAGGAUAAUAACAUCAGCAUUUUCACAUAUUAGUGUGCUUCAUCUUGUUUUCAAUAUUAGUGCACUCUGGAGUCUUGGAGUUGUUGAACAAUUGGGACAUAUAGGUCUUGGAGUAGAGUAUUAUCUUCAUUAUACAUUGGUCUUGGUUGUUCUUUCUGGCAUGCUUGUUGUGGGAAUGUAUCAUCUCUUGAUUCAGAAAUUUAAGUUAGAGUAUUUCCGGAGAGUAACUGCCGUUGGAUAUUCUUGUGUGGUGUUUGGGUGGAUGACGAUUCUUUCGGUCAAGCAACCGUCGUCAAAGUUGAAUCUUUUUGGUUUUCUUUCACUUCCCAUCAGCUUUGCGCCAUUUGAGUCACUCAUAUUCACUUCUAUUAUUGUUCCUCAAGCGAGUUUUAUUGGACAUUUAUCGGGAAUUAUUGUUGGUUAUGCUGUUGGUUGGGGUCUGAUACACGGGAUGACCAAUUACUGGGCAGUUACAAUGCUAGGAUGGACUGUGUUUGUGUUUGUUUUCAGUUUGAAAAAGUCUGGUACAUAUGAUUUGAACUUUCUUGAGAUUGAACCUGUCACGGAUCCCUCUUUGCCUUCUGUACGUUUUUUCGCAGCUGGAAAUAGUAGAAGUUUACAGAUGAGUACAUCAACAGAUGCUGGUGCUGAUCUUGUAUAGCUGUCAGAAGAUUUCACUUCGUACUUGGGGAUCGCAACGUAAUUCUAGUAUUGUAUUGGCAUUUUUGCUGGAUAACUUGUUGAUUAUGCACAGUUACCUCCAACACCAUCAUUUGCCCGGUGAUAUGUUCAUUGGUUCUCGAAACACCUGUUUGUUUGUUGAACCAACUGUUUAGGUAACCACUGUCAUUUGUAAGUGUGGUGGACUAAGUUGCUAUUACAUUUUAUAGAUAAACCAUGAUGUAUUCCACUUAACACUGAAUUUUUGUGAUUAGGUGCUUUAGCCGUUCUGUCACAUCCAUGCAUUAUAAUUCAUAAAUGAUUUAGCUGGAUACAUUUGCAAAUCUCAAAA